CCAUAGGAAACGACCAAUUGAAUUCCCCCCCACCUUGCUCCCUACAUUCUUCAAUGGGUAAGUAACGCAACAUUUUUCAAAAGAUUGCCUAAUAGAGGUAUAAAAGUAUAGUACUGUAAACUAAAUGUGUGGGUUUGUUGAGCGGGACAAUUUUACUUUUGAUCAAGUGAAAGUAAAAGUUUUUAGUUAUUUUACCUUUGUACUUUUCAAAUUGAACAAACUUUUAUUUGUUGUAUAUUUUCUGCAGUAACAAAUCAACAGACUUUAACAUAACAUGCUUUGAUUGUGUUGAAUUGAAACCCAAAAAGGCAGACCCAAGAACACUGGCUGAAUAACAAAAAUAUGAACACCAUACAAGGGUUAAUAUAUUAAUAAAUGAAAAAAAAUGUUUCCUGUGCAGCUGUUAAUCCCCCCCCACCUUCUCCAAAAGUUCUGCCUCACGAAUGGAGGAACGUUCCUUGGGGAAAAAAAGCAGGAGACUUGCAGAUUGUGAAGGAAUACCAGCCUUUUAAAGAGGAUGUCAGAAUUAUGCUUUAUGGAUCUGUUGGUGCUGGCAAGUCCAGCUUCAUCAACUCUGUGGAAAGUGUUUUACGAGGCGAAAUAACUGAUCGAGCUAAAACAGAUGCGAUCGGUGGCAAGAGCUUCACCACAAAAUACAGAGAGUACACAAUCCAAAAAGUUCCAGGGACACAUUACCCUUUUGUCUUCAAUGACAUCAUGGGCCUCGAGAAGGAUGAAGGAGUUUGUGUGGAAGACAUCAAACUGGCCAUGAAGGGACACGUGAAGGAUGGUUACAAUUUCAAUCCUCGCUCUUCCUUGUCUGAGAAUGAUCAAGACUACAACAGAGACCCCUCUCUAAAUGACAGAGUUCAUGUUCUGGUUUGCGUCAUCCCUGGCAGCAUUGCAGGAAUGCAGGAUGAUUCUGUGAGAAAGUUGAGGGAAGUCAGACUUGCAGCCAGGGACAUGGAAAUUCCUGAAAUUGCUAUUCUCACCAAAAUUGAUGAAGCCUGUCCAGAGGUUGGCAGGGAUAUAAGGAACGUGUAUAAGAGCAAGUACCUGAAGAAAAAGAUUGAGGAGGUGAGUGGCGUGCUGGGUUUCCCACCAAACUGCAUCUUUCCUGUGAAGAACUACAACUCAGAGCACGAGACAAGUGAUAACACUGACACACUGAUACUGAGCGCACUGACACGGAUGAUUAAAUCUGGAGAAGACUUUGUCAACGACCUGUAAAACGACAUACAGUACUGCUGAGGCAGGUCUUGUUGUUAUGACAACAUGUUAAAAGCAUGUCUGGAAUGAUAAUUACAUAAAGUGGGCAAUAUGGCUUUUAGGUUUUCAUGUGCAGCCUGUAAUGCAUCAUAUCUAUACUAUACCUACAUUGCUGAGUUAAGUAUGAAAAUGAUUUAUUUCUCAUGUAUUGGAGUUUUUGCAUUAUGAUGUUGUUAUUUGUGCUUUUAAUGAUUCAUGCAGUAUUUUAUUUUGCCGUCUCCAGGUAAUCAAGAAUCUGAUUAUUUGCAGGUCAAGGACUAAAUUAUGUUGGAAAGUAAAACCUUUUUAGAUUAAGGAUUACAUAUGCUGUACCCGUCACUGAUUUAAAGGUAUUUUCUAGUCAGUGUUGCACUUUAUUUAUAUCAAAAUGUUACUACAGUACGGCUGUUCAGGUAAAACCACAAUAAAUAGCACAAAUAUUGAAAUGUG